AUGGGCUCGCUCAGCGCUGGCUCCGCGGCGGCCUCAGCCGGCCGCCUGCUGUGCGCGCCCGUCCCGCGGGUGCUGAGCGGCCGCGGCCCCCAGCGCCCGGGCGCCGCCGAGCCCCGCAGCUGCGGCAGGGGCGGCCGGCGGCGGGAGAGCCCCGGUGGGCUGGCGGGCGCCCGGCUGGAGCUGGUCGGGGCGGUGGCCGGGGCGGCCGGCGGCGGGGCGGUGCCCGCGCCCGUGGUGCGGCGGGACAUCCAGGCCUUUCUCCGGGAGUGCGGCGGCAGCCCCGGCGAGGCGCGGCACUGGCUGGCGCAGUUCCAGGCGCUCGGCCACGCCGGCGGCCGCCCCUUCGCCGUCAUCGAGGUGGACGAGGCCGUCUCCCGCUGCAAGGAGACCGUCACCAGCCUGGCCUUCAGCUUGGCCUUCCUGCAGCGCAUGGACAUGAAGCCCCUGCUGGUGCUGGGGCUGCCGUCCCGGAGCUCCCUGAGCGACACCCUCACCUUCCGGGAUACCAAGGCGCUGCUGACCCAGAACUGCAAGGCCCUGACGGACGCCCUGCGCCAGAACUCCGCUGCCACCAUGCCCUUCUUCGGGGCCGGCGCCGUGCUAGGAGCGGAGCAGUCGCCCGCCAACUCCAGGUCAGCCGCUGAGCCUGCAGGCCUGGCUCUCCUUACCGGCCCGAGGGCUCCCGUUAACACCCCCUCUGCUCCCAGUGGGAUCUCCGUGGACAGCGACCUGCUGCAGUGGUGCCUGGAGUCCGGGAACAUCCCCAUCAUCUGCCCCGUCGGGGAGACCCGCGGCCGCCAGUCCCUGCUGCUGGACUCCGUUGAGGUCACCGCCGCCAUCUCCAGGACGCUGCUGCCCACCAAGAUCAUCUUCCUGAACAUGACGGGGGGGAUCAGGAACUCCGGGCAGAAGGUGCUGGGGAACGUGAACCUGCCUGCCGACCUGGACCUAGUGACCAAAGCCCAAUGGAUGGGCCACAAGGAGCAGCAGCAGGUCAGGCUGAUCAUCGACCUGCUGAGCCGCUUGCCCUACGAGGCCUCCGCCGUCAUCGCCUCUGCCGGCGCGCUGCUCGCCGAGAUCUUCAGCAACAAAGGCUCGGGGACCCUGUUCAGGAACGCUGAACGUAUGCUGCGGGCCGAGAGGCUGGAGGAGCUGGACCAGCAGCGCCUGGUCUCCUUGAUCAACACGUCCUUCGGGAAGACCCUCCGAGGGGACUAUCUGGCUUCCAUACGGCCCAGGCUGCACUCAAUCUACUUCUCAGAGGGCUACAACGCAGCAGCCAUCAUCACGAAGGAGCCGGUCCUGGGCGGCAUGCCGUACUUGGACAAGUUUGUGGUCAGCUCCACCAAGAAAAGCCAAGGCUCCGGCCAGAUGCUGUGGGAGUGCAUACGGCAGGACCUCAGGACCCUCUUCUGGAGGUCUCGCGUCACCAACCCCAUUAACCCCUGGUAUUUCAAGCACAGUGAUGGAAGCUUCACCAACCACCAAUGGAUCUUCUUCUGGUUUGGCCUGUCCGACAUCCGGGAUUCCUACGAGCUGGUGAACCACGCAAUAUCCAUUCCAGACUCGUUCUGCAAACCAUAG